GUCAGGCGGUGUGGGGGGAGUUUUCCACUGACGAACAGAACUCGCACAACUCAACAACAGCUGAUCCCUCUGUACUGUACGUGCGCCGAGGGCUCAGAAAGAGGACGUUGGCGCUAUCUUGAUAACUUUUCGAGCAUCGUAUGGUCGUCUCUUCCACCCAUGAUACACGGAUACACAACCGCUGGAUUGCCAUGUCUACAUCACAACGUGGGGCUUUAAAGAGGAAAUAUGGUUUCCCUGACGAGGAUGCCAUUUACUCCUCUUCAUCCCCCUCAUCACACUCUGAACUGGACUCUGAUGAAGACAGCCCCCAAAGUGAUAGCAUGGACUUUGUGCCUGUAGGCUCCUCCUCUUCAAGUCAUCAUAUGUCAAGUAAGCCAUUUGCAUCCAUCCUGAAGAAGACGAAAGAUACUCAAUCCAAAGGCAGUGUUCGGUUCGGCCUGGUCACAGUGUUCCUUUUCCAGCGCUGCCAAGGUUUCAGCAGUGUGCCCAGUCAUGGUGGCUGUACACUGGGCAUGGUUAGACGGCACACUACCCGCCAGCAGUUCACCCUGGCGGAGCACUCGGACGAGCAGCAGCGCUUGCGAACGGAGAGGAUACGUGAGCAACACCAAGAGGAGAAGCUGGAGGCGUUGAGACAGAAGCUUAUCAUCAGUGGGACUCUCACAGCGUCAGAAGCGGCCAGGCUGACGGUGAACGACGUCCCAGAUGAGGAUAACGAUCUAUGUAGCACAAAGCUGAAAGACAUGGGAUCCCUCCGUCCCUGCUCUUCUAAGCGGAGACGUGCGUUAUUGAGAGCAGCGGGAGUGCAGCGCAUCGACCGGGAGGAGAAGAGGCAGCUGCAGGAGCUGAGGCGGUGGAGGGAAGACUGUGGGUGCCACUGCCAGGGCUUCUGUGAGCCCGAGACCUGUUCCUGCAGCCAGGCUGGCAUCAAGUGCCAAAUGGAUCGCGCCAACUUUCCCUGUGGAUGCUCAAAGGAAUGCUGUGGGAAUCCCGCAGGCCGAAUCGAGUUCAACUCCAGUCGUGUGCGGAGCCACUACAUCCACACGCACAUGAAGCUGGAGCUGGAAAAGAGACUGCACGAUAACAACAGACUGAUCUCCUCUGAACAACAGUCAGCUACGAGGAACAGAGCCGCUACAUUUCCUGUAGAAAACGACUCUCCCUCAUUCCUCCUGAGCUCAGAGCUCUGCAGGCGGGGAGACAGCAGCUGGAGCAGCGACAUGACUGACACCUCCUGCUCUUCUUCUCUGAGUCUGGACUCUGAGACGGAUGGAAGGCCUUCCUCAGAGCAGCUCACGCUGGACGUGGACGGCAGAGGACUCGUACUCAGUUUUUCCGAUUCUGAUGGAGAGGGGUGUCCAUACAUUAAAGAUUAUAAUCUGCCCACUCAAGCCACUGGCUGCACACCCACAAAGGAAAGCAACACCAGUAAAUCUAAAUUGGAGUAUCUGGAUGAAAAUGCUAAUCAGGCAAGCAUGGAAUGUGUCCACGAUCCAUUUGAUAUCCCUAAUACUCCGUCUGCAUCUCCGGAUCACACUAUGAACUGUUACAUGGACCUCAGUCUGUCCUCAGACUCUGACCUGGUCUUUUUUGACACCUUCCACGAAUACGGUCCAAGCCGCAGUCAUUUUAAAGUGUAUAGUCAUCUGGACUACAUGUCACAGCUCCACUUCCCUCGCUGUCCCAGUCCUGCACUAAUUGAGGACUCGGGGGUCAGUCUUCUGGAGUCUCUUGUAGGAAUUUCUUAAGUGCAGCUCAGUAUUUUUUACUGUUUUUUUUUUUUUUUUUUUUUUUUAAUAGCCGAAUGAGCACUGUUCAUUUGCAAUUGUACAGUAUGAAUAAAUCUCAUUUACCAUGAGAAAAAUGGUGAAUAAUAUUGGAAUUUAAGGAUAUUCCUUAGAAUUAUAUUUAAGGAUAUUAAUAUCAUCUAUUCAGGAUCAGUGUAAAUACAGUUAAAAACCACUCAGUGUGAAGUAGUGUGUGAGUGAUAUGUCAAUUUCAGCUUUGUUGCCAAAAGUUUUGGAGAGUUUGUAGCUAAGAUUUUAUAUUUAUUCUUCAUAAACUAAAGGCUUCAUUUCCAUUGAAUAAGGAAUCGAACUAAUGUUUACUUAUAAGAGAAAGCCCAUUCAUAUUUAUUUCUCAGUUUUGUUUUUGUUUAAACGAUCAAGUGUGCGAAUAAAAGUUUUAUUUUUUGUGUAGCACAGUAAAUGUAUUUGUUACAGUGUUUGAAAAGAGUAAGCUGUUAAAAAUGUCAUUAUGCCAUUUUCGUCUUUUCAAGGGCCAGGAUGUCUUUUCAUUAAAGAGGAUUUUUUUUUAGGAAUGAUUUGUAAUAUAUACACAUUCAGGCUACAUUUGCUUCAGUGCUAUAUCUGCUUUGUAUUUACUUCGGUGAAUGUUUUUGGACAUUUUAAAAUGUGUCCGGCUUUUUUCUUCUUCUGUGGAAUUACUCAUCUCAAUAAAACUGAUUUCACAAAA